AUGUUGGCUUCAUGGAUGAAGGAUAAUGAAACUGCAAAGUGGCCCUAUGCUCUUCGUUUUGUCCAAUUCAUGAAAAUCAGAGCUCUACAUUCAGGAAUUAAACAAUCACCAUACAAAGCUAUGUUUGGGAUUGAACCAAGGGUUGGAAUGACAAUCUCAACCUUGCCAUCAGAUAUUAUAAAAACUAUCGAAGACGAGGAUGAGCUUCAGAAAAUUUUCGAGGAUAUGAAUGCAGAGGAACAAGAAACUGAACAAGUACAAUCAGGGGAGCAUAUGCUUGCUAAGAAGUCGACCAAUAUUUUUCGAAUUAGAGAGGAAGUCAAGGAAAAUUUAAUAAAGCAAGCCAAACAAAUAAAAAAGAUUUCCGAUACAACACAUCUUGAAGUUGAUAUUGGAGGUAAUGUUGUUGUUCCCAUUCCAGUUGUUGAUAGAGAAAAAGCUAAUUUGCGAAAUCUCAUCUGUGUAGUGCUUGAAAAAAUAAAGAUGGCCUGUACAAAAUCGAGAUAUGUGGCCAUACGGUGUGUCUAA